UAAUCGUCAAGGUAUGGGAGAAAUGGUAAAGCAUAAAAGACCGUGAAUUAGAAACGCGAUGUCACAUUUGUGUUUUAACGGUAUAGUGUUAAUUAGUUUACUUCGGUAGGUGAAUGUGAUAAGAGAUACCAUGGCCAUCCUCUAUUUGAUGAUCGUACUAGUAGUAGGUGCGCAAAUACGAGCCGAAGAUACCGAGCAACCUCCACCGUCUCUGUUGGAGAUCUUGAGGGUACCAGACGAAUCUCCCGCUCCCGCCUGGCUAUCCAAAGACGAUGCAUCCGCGCCCUUGUCAUCCGACGAGCCAAGACCCUCACUACUAGAGGUUCCAAGAAGUUUUUUCGGCCCCAGCGCUAAUUACGACUACCCGGUACCCUCCGAAGAUCUCCAACUUCCCUCGCUCGAACCGUGGAAUCCGAACAACGAUCCUAAAUUCUACUACGAGCUUCCCGCGAUAAUCACCAAACAGCAGCAGCCCACAAACCUCUACCCGAAAAAAUACAACGCCGACGUCUACGAUAAAGAGAAGCCCCUAUCCGCGAGGCCUAAACAGGAAAUCCUUCUCACCCCAAUUACCAAAGAGGACUACUUAAACAAACAGAAAGACUACGAUAAGGUGGUAUUGAAUUUGGAAAAAGUACAGAAUCAGAAGGCGGUCACCAAUGAAAAGGUACAAACUAAAGCUAACGAACCCGACUCUGCCGCCACUGGAUUCUCGGAAGGCUUUAACUUUCUUGGCGAGAGCAAUCAUCUAACUUCCGAUCAUUCACCUUCUUCAGACUUACAUCAUUCUUCUUCACCCUAUCGUCAACAUUUUCAUAUACAAGGCCAUGAGGGACCUCAUAGUUACAAAUGGGGUUACGAUACUGGCAAAGGUUACAACAGGCAAUUCCGAUAUGAAGAACGUGAUAAACAUGGGCAUGUAAAGGGGCAUUACGGUUUUUAUGAUAAACAUGGAAAACUGCAAACGAUCCAUUAUAGUGCCGAUCCUCAUCAUGGUUUCAACUUGGACCAUUAAUUGUCAGCCUCUUUCCGUCAUGCGAAACACGCUCAAUUGGGUGCCUUAAAUCAUUGCAAGUACCUAAGUGGUUAAAUACUAACACCAUUGACUUUGUUAACACUUAGCUUAAGUUUUAUACAGUAUGUGUAUUUGUUAAUUUUAUGUACAUAGUUGUUACAAUGUUAUUAAAUGACUUCAAAUCGA